UAAGACAUUUGUCAUUUGUCAAUUUUUAUCAACGACCUACAAACUGCAGAAGGUCGAUCUUACGGUUUUUAUAAAAACCGUCCCGAUCAUCUGGACGGAAUAGUUGUGAACACAUUUAAAAAUCAACAAUGUUGCGAACGAUUCUUGUACGAAACCAAGUUCUGAAUGAUAGUCUAAAAAAAGCUAUACGGUCAAAUAUCACGCGAUGCAUGAGCACAGAACUGUCUAGGAGGAAACUUUCUAACAGGUUAUUAUGUUCACAAGAGAAGAAAAUUUUGACAGUACCACAAUGGACCAUCCAGAUGAGAUACUAUGCAGAUUUACCUACCCACACAAAGGUGAAUCUGCCAGCUCUGUCACCCACCAUGGAAAGUGGUUCCAUUGUCAGUUGGGAGAAAAAAGAGGGAGACAAACUAAGUGAAGGUGAUCUCCUUUGUGAAAUUGAGACUGACAAGGCAACAAUGGGCUUUGAAACACCCGAAGAAGGUUACCUGGCCAAGAUCCUUAUUCCGGCGGGCACGAAGGGCGUGCCUGUCGGGAAGUUGCUCUGUAUCAUCGUGGAAAAUCAGGCAGAUGUAGCUACCUUCAAAGAUUUCAAAGAUGAUUCACCGCCGAUUAAGCCGAAAAGACCACAGGCAAAGGAAGAACCAGCAGCGGCAGCGCCCCCUCCGGCCGCGGCGCCCUCCGCCCCUGCAGCAGCGCCCGCCGCGCCCCGCGCCGCCCCCGCCGCCCCCGCCGCCCCUGCCGCGGCCCCCGCGACCGCCGCUGCGCCCGCGCCCUCAGGUAGGGUGUACGCCAGCCCCAUGGCCAGGAGGCUCGCCGAGCUGAAGAGCAUUAGACUCGGAGGGCAGGGCUCCGGCCUGUACGGGUCGAUCAAGAGCGGUGACGUGGCAGGCGCGGCCGCCGCCCCCGCCGCCCCGCUGCCGCCGCCGCCGAUGCCCGCCCCCGGCGCCACCUUCGUCGACAUCCCGCUGUCGGGCAUGCGCGAGACCAUCGCCAAGCGACUCAGCGCCGCCAAGCAGACCAUCCCGCACUACCAGCUCUGCGCCACUGUCAACGUUGAGAAGACCUUGGCCAUGAGGAAGUUGGUCAACGAAAAGUUGGCUGCUGAGAAGUCUGAUAUUAAGGUGUCAGUAAACGACUUCAUCGUUAAGGCAGUGGCUGCUGCGUCCAAGCGAGUGCCUACUGUUAACUCUCAUUGGAUGGAAUCUUUCAUUAGACAAUUCUCCAAUGUAGACGUGAGCGUGGCAGUGGCGACACCUUCUGGUCUGAUCACGCCGAUAUUGUUCAACGCGGACUCGCGCGGAGUCAUCGAUCUGUCCAGAAACAUGAAGGAACUCGCGCAGAAGGCAAAGGAGGGCAGAUUGCAGCCUCAGGAGUACCAGGGCGGCACCAUCACCGUCUCUAACCUUGGAAUGUAUGGAAUCACAAUGUUCAACGCUAUCAUUAACCCGCCACAAUCGUUCAUUAUUGCGUGCGGUGGUUUGCAAGAAUUAGUUAUUCCAGACAAAAAUGAGCCACAAGGUUUCCGGACUGCUAAAUUCAUAACGUUCACGGCCUCAGCGGACCACAGGGUCGUGGACGGGGCGGUGGGUGCCCAAUGGAUGAAGGCCUUCAAGGAGAACAUCGAGGACCCCGCCAACAUGAUCCUAUAGAGACACACACACCCAUCACUCGCACACACAUAGAUUAAUUGACGAUAUCGCUUAGUACAAAUAACGUGUCUAACCCAUAAAAACAUUUUUGUAUACUUUUUUCUGCCGAUUUAAUAUGUAAGCGUAACUUAAUAUUUUCCCGUGCGACUUGUUUUCUUGUGUUCACUCGUUGGCUGAUAUUUGUACAGUGGCAUAUGUGGCUGUGUCAUCUAUCGACUAAAAUGAUUGUAUUGUAUACAUUUUUCUUAGUUUAUUUUUUUUUUGUUUUUAUAACACGUAUACUGUACUUUAUCUUAUUAUUUUACAAAGUAUUUGUUAUUAUGCAGUGAUAUUUGUACAUUUAAUUCGGUGUGCGCAGUUGAAAUCACGAUAAAUUAUUUAUUUAGUACAGUAAGAUGCAUUCGUACGAUGAAUGGUAUAGUUCAGAAUUUCCUUGUAAUUGUUUUUACAAUAUUUAUUUAUUCCAUCCUUACAAGAGGGCUAUUGUACAUCUUUUCCUAAAAAAAUAGUAAUAAGUAGUGAAAUAUUUUGUUCUCGUUAGCAAAAUCUCGUUAUUAUAUAUUUAUUUGUAAAAUAUCGAAGAGGCAUUAUGUUUGAAUUUCGGAAUAUAGAUCUAUGAAACACAAUUAUUUCUACCCUCAACAUAUUCAAAGAUGCGUUCAGAAUACGCAAUACUGUAAUUAUAGCAUAUUAAUAUAUUAAACCGGCUUAAUGCGAGGACUUAGUCGCUUUUAGAAUGACGAUAGUUCAGGGACCUUAAUAAUGGCUAUAUCGAUAAUAUGAGAUUUAUUUGAAAAGUUACAACUUCAUGUCGUUAUUAUGCUAUGCAUUGAUUAGUAUCCAAUAUGGAACCUAAUUUUAAAUUAAUUAUUGAAUUAAUGGGUACACUGUUUAUAGUACGUUAUAGAUAUAUAUGGGGGAAAGUAUUAAUUAUACUACGUGUGCACGCGCCCAUAAAUAUGAACGCCGAGAGAUUGUUCUAUGCUAUAAAAUAUGCUAUAUUUUGUGUAAUCUGACCGCAUCUAAAGUGGACUAUGUAAAUAAAGGAACACUGCGCAAAUUCAGGUAAAACAUUUUCUUUUGUUAUCGGUGAUUUUUAUAAUGUUUUGAUGAUGCCAGAUGAUUUUAUGAACGUUAGUGGAAUAUAAUAUUUUACUUAUAGAA